UCGCCCGCGGCGCUUCCUGAGGGAGCGGCGGCGGCGGAGCCCAGCGCAGCCAUGUGAUGCCGGAGGAGCGCGGUGGCGAUGAUAUGGAAUGUGGGCAGCUGCCUUCGGACACGCUCCGACAGGUGACGGUCCAGCGCCACCCCCUCUACGGAUUUGGCUUCGUGGCUGGCAGUGAGAGGCCGGUGGUGGUGCGGUCGGUGGCAGCAGGCGGCCCCUCUGAGGAUAAACUCCUGCCAGGAGACCAGAUCUUGGCCAUCAACGAUGAGGAUGUGAGUGAAGCCCCCAGAGAGAGAUUCAUCGAGCUUGUCAGGAAAGCCAAGGACUUCAUCAUCCUCACGGUCCUGCACACCCACCAGUCUCCCAAAUCUGCUUUCAUCAGUGCAGCCAAGAAGGCAAAGCUAAGGUCCAACCCCGCCAAAGUCCGAUUUUCAGAGCAGGUGACGGUCGGCGAGACAGACCCAGACAUGUUGAAGAAAGAAGCUCUUCUCCUCAUUCCCAACGUGCUGAAGGUUUUUCUGGAGAACGGGCAGAUCAAAUCCUUCACGUUUGAUGGCCGAACCACGGUGAAGGACGUGAUGGUGACAUUGCAGGACCGCCUGUCGCUGAGACACAUCGAGCACUUUGCCCUGGUCCUGGAGUAUUCCAGCUCGGAGCAGAGCCACCGCUUCCUGCUGCUCCAGGACAAGCAGCCACUGGCCCACGUUGUGCAAAGAACACACUACCACGGCAUGAGAUGCCUCUUCCGUGUGAGCUUCUUCCCCAAGGACCCAGUGGAGCUGCUGCGCCGGGACCCUGCAGCUUUCGAGUACCUGUACAUCCAGAGCCGCAACGAUGUGAUCAGAGAGCGCUUCGGCACAGACCCCAAGCCAGAGAUGCUGUUGGGGCUGGCUGCCCUCCACAUCUACAUCACUGUCUCAGCCACCCGUCCCAGCCAGAAGGUCUCCCUCAAGAAUGUGGAGAAGGAGUGGGGCCUGGAGCCCUUCCUGCCCCCCUCGCUCCUGCAGCUCAUCAAAGAGAAGAGUCUCCGGAAAUCCCUCUCGCAGCAGCUCAAAGCCCACCAGCACCAGCCUGGUGGCACCAAGGUCUCCACAGCCCAGGCCAAGCUGCAGUACCUGAGGAUCCUGAACGAGCUGCCAACCUUCGCUGGGGUUCUCUUCAACACAGUGGGACUGGACGAGAAGCAGCCAGCCACCACCCUGCUGGUGGGACCCCGGCACGGCAUCAGCCACGUCAUUGACCUGAAGACCAACCUCACCACGGUGCUGUCAGAGUUCAGCAAGGUCAGCAAGAUCCAGCUGUUCAGGGAGAACCAGGGGGUGGCCCGGGUGGAGACGAGCAUCCUGGAUGCCAAGCCGCUGGUGUUGCUGAUGGAGUGGCCCGAAGCCACCAACUUUGCCUGCCUCAUCGCGGGCUACUGCCGUCUCCUGGUGGACUCCAAGAAGAUGAUCCUGUCCAGGGCCCCCAGCCAGCCACCCCCACCUCAGAUUAUCAAGGCAGAUUACAUCAACGCACACAACUUCCAGCGGCCUGCCACAGCAGGGCACAUGGGAAAGAAGGAGAAUGGGCUGGUGGGUGGCUCUGCCACUGUCACCAGAGCAGCCGGGGCUUCUGCCACCAGGGCUUCGGACUCGGAGCUCAUCCGCUUCUGCUACCUGCACAUGCGAGAGCAGAGGAAGGAAAAAGAGAGCGGGACGGAUAUCAAUGAAAACCUGAUUUUUUUUGAGGAAACUCGUCCCAGGACCAAAUCUGACCCCACUUCCAAAAGCUCUGGCCAAGGCUACAACGGGGCAGCUAAGGAGUACGACCCGGAUGGCCUUGAGCAAGACAGGCAGGCCAGCAGGGCCAGGGCACACACCAUAGACACCCACCUGCGCAGCGACGCCUCCCACUUCUACUGCGAGUCCUGCCAAGCCAAGAUCAAGAGCAGGCUGGCCUCGAGCACGGGGGGCAAGCCUGGCACCCGUGACAACAUGGUGGACUUGAUGUCGCUUCCCCCUCCCGGGAAUGAUGAGGAAGAAGACGAGACAACAUCCCUGCUCCCCGCCAUUGCCGCCCCCCCUCCUGGCUUCCGAGACAACAGCUCCGACGAGGAUGAUCCCAAGCGCCGGGCGGCUGCCCAGAGCCAGGAGCAGGGCCGGCACCUCUGUGGCAUCCUGUACGACGAGAUCCCCGUCACUCUGAUCGACAGCGUGCAGCCACGGACGGUCCGAGACCACGCCCAGGAGCUGGAUGAUGCCCUGGUGUCCACUCUGCAGGCGCUGGAAGCCCUGGCUGCUUCAGAGGAUUGUCCACACCCCCCACCACAGCAGACAGCAGGUCUUAUUGUCCUGGCUGCCAUCACUCCUGAGUCAUCCUUGGACUCUGGCCACGAAACGAACUCCUCAGAGCUGACCGAUGUCUCGGAGAUGGUCUCUGCUAUGAAGCAGCAUCAGAACGCAGCCUACUUCCUCACCCAACACAUCAACAAAGAAAACCUCCUGGCCAGGAAGGACUUGCCUUUCCGAAUCCAGAGCUGUGCUGCCCAGGCUGUCCUCACCUCACCCUACCCCCUGAGCCGCCAGGACCCGAGCCCUUCACUGAAGCCAGCCUUCUCUACCCAAAGUCCCAGCCUUACCAACUGCAAGAGCAAGCAGGAGCAGCAGCACGGGGAGCAGAGCUGCACCUCGGCUGCCCAGCCAGGGCUGACCUCCCAGCUUAGUGAGCAGGGCAAGGGGGCCUCAGUGCCAAGCUCUGAGUGCAAAGGUGCAGGUCACUCAAAAGCUGCCUUUGAGGUGUCUCUGCAUGCCACAGCAGCCCCGAGCAGGGAGCAGGAUGUACAAGAGAAGAUGCCCAAAGAGGUACAGCCAAGCGCCAAGCUCCUCCUGGAUCAGAAAAGCGGUGUAACUCCAGCCAUCGUUUCAGCUGCUCUGCAGCAGGUGGCAAAUGCAAAAGCCUCAGCUCCCCAAGUGUUAUCAGCCUUAAAAGAAGACCAGAACAUGAAUGGUACCAGCAGCUGUGCACCAGCCAGCAGCAAGCCUUUGACACUUAAAGGAGGUCCACAAACUGCAGAGACAUUAUGCAACUGUCAGCAGCAGCAACUCUCUCCGCAGCAGCACUGUGAAGUUUCUCCAAGUCCUAAGGAAGCUCCUGGCAGCCAGGCUGAAGCUUUCCACCUCGCCCCAGCAGGCGAGGAAAUGAUGUCCAGUAAGACUUUUGCCUCUAAAAGCUACCAGCAAAAAGUGAGUAGGGAUGCACCAGGAAAAGCUGCAAGUGGAGAGACAGGUCAGAAGGCAGGUGGGGAAGCCACAAGCCUUGUCUUGCAGAAACACACAGCUCCUUCAAACCAAGGACAGAAAAUACAACAGGAAAGCUCGGCCAAAAUCUUAAAAGCUGAGAGUAGCAAUGUGCACUCUCCAUCACCUGGUAGCACUUUCAGGAGCACCAGUGAGGAGGCCAAAGGGCCAAUCCAGCUGAUGCCCAGAUCUGAGAGCCUGCAGAUUAGCACUGUGCCUUCCAAAAAAGUAGAAAAAGUCCUGGAGGUAACGCAACAAGAUGCUGAUGUCCCAGCUAAACCCAAAGCCCCCAAAGCUCCCUUCAGGCUUAGGAAUCUGUUCUCUGCAACAUUUCCCACCCGGCUGAAGAAGGAGACGGACGAGCGGCAGGCCCAGCUGCAGAAGGUGAAGCAGUAUGAGCUGGAAUUCCUUGAAGAGCUGCUCAAGCCAAAGAGCAAAGGUGACCUCCCUCCACAGGAGUAUCUGCACCCACCUGCCCCUGGGCGCUGCAGCUGCCAGCUGAGGAGCAGUCCUGUGCAAAAAGUCCCAGGGAUGUCCAGGGAGCAGAGGCGUAGCUGUGACUGCAAGCGGAUUUGCAGGGGAAUGAGGCCACCCCCCAACCAGCUGGUGAUUCCAGAACUGGAGAGGCGAGGCAGGGAUAAAGUUGCAGAUGACCAGAAGCAGGUAGAAGCCAUUAGGCUGACAAGCAUGAGCAGCCCUUCCAAAGGCAAGCGGAUACGAUCCACAAGUUUAGAGUCCAGAGACAACCGGUCAGAUCCAGAGAAUGGCAUGUCCUGUUUGACAACCUGCACCUCCCGAGGGGAGUGCAUGGGUGCACCCCACUACAGGAAGCUCCUGCGUCGCUACAGUGUCAGUGAAAUAGAUAAGACUGAUGGGACAUCCUUGUCCUCUGAUGUCUACCAGAACAUCUACACAACCAAGCAGAAAGGCCCCCAGAAAGAGCCUGAACCCAGCAUCCUCUGUCCUGGUCUGAGCAAAAUCCAGGAAGCCUCGGGAGUGGCUGACCCCUCCUAUGUCCAGAUAGCACAGGACAAAAAGAACCAGAAGGGUCCAGCAGUGUUCUCGGUCCAGGAGGAGAUGUAUCCAAGUCCUGCCGAGCUGAGGGAUGAAGACAUGGAGGAUGAGAAGUGCUGCUCCAUCCGGUACUGCUUCUACUACAGAAAAUGCGAUGUUGCAGAUGAUGGGAGCGAGAAGGAUGAGCUGUCCUAUUCCAUCCCCAUGCAGAUACUCCCAGGAAUGAAGCUGGACAAUCAGAUGGUCCCAGUCAUGAGCAGGACUCUUCAGGUCCUAGACGCAACAGCCUGCAGCAGUCCCAAUGAGAGCCAGACCCAGGAAAUAGAUUUGAGGACCUCCAGUUUUGAGGGGAGCUUGGCAAAGAUCAACACCCUUCGAGGCCAUGCCUACAGCUUUCCCAACGGGUUUCUGCAGGUGCAGCUGGACACCAACGAGCUCCUGACCAUCCUGAGGCAGUGUGUGCUGAGCCCUGAGGUCCGGGACUGCAAGCCCUACAUCUCCCAGCUGGCUGAGUACAAGCAGGAGCUGGCCCUCAAGUUCAAGGAGUUCCGGGCGUCCUGCCGCCGCGUGGCCGCCGUCGACAAGAGUCCCACCCACAUGCUCUCCGCCAUCACAAGCAGCUUCCAGGUGCUAAGCAGCCUCAUCGAGACCUUUGUGAGGCUGGUGUACGUCGUGCGCUCGGAGUCCCAGCGCCAAGAGCUGCUGACGAAGGUGGAGGAGGUGGUGAGGAACUACACCUUCCUGCUGAAGGCCGCCGAGGAGUCCACGGCCAGAACGCUGAGCCACCAGCAGACCGUGGAGCAGCUCGCCCGCCAGUCAGCCACGGUCGCCACUGUCAUGAGCACUCUCACACGCUCCCUAAAGACGUUGAUCAAUAAGUAAAGCCAGCUGUGAAGACCAACAAGCCAGCGUGUGCCAGGCCAUGCUCUCAAAUCUCACAGGUCUGGUGAGGAUGCGAUGUCUGCAGGCCCACGUUUACCGGGGUUUGCGACAGCCAAGACACUCUUUGAUCUCUGCAGAACGGGUGUUGUGUUGGUGGUGGGUUGAUGGAAGGGUGAAUUCGUGCCCUGUCACAAGCUGUGCAAUUUCAGCUGGUCAGUGGGGCUCAAGCAGCUUCUCUGCUUGUUCGUCCAUGCUGGCUUGUUGGUGACAGCACUUGGGAGGUACAGGCACCCCAUCUCCACACCAGUUUGGUUCCAUGGGGUUCUGGGCCUCGCUCGUGCAAAGACCUUUGUCACAGUGUGUGGUGGGCCAGUGAGCUGAGCUGAAAUCUCCUGGCUUCACUUGGGCAGUCUGGAGCCAAACCAGUGUCUUGCCACGUAAACAAAGCUUUGCCUCCAGGAUCUUCCUGGGCC